AUGCCUGAGCCAAAUUCGACUUCUCUGGAACCUCCGAACGACUACGGCCAUGACCAUCGACGGGCGUCGUGUGACGAACUCAUUGCCCAAUCAUAUACGGAAGACCUUCAGGACGGCGGAGAAUUAUCAGAUAACGAGCCAUUAGAUAACCAGAAUCUGCUUGGUCGGCAAAGCAUCCUUUUCACCGAUGUCGACUCGGUCGGUGAUUUCCAGGGAGAUAGGUCUUCUAGGACCAGUAUCCAUCGACAUUCUGGCAUAUCAGAGGCUGCCAUCAAGCGUAAAGCUUUUUUUGUCAGAUCUUUGGCGUUGUUAUGCGCCUGUUUUCUCAGCGUCGGCAGCCAUUAUGCUUCUUAUGUGCUAGGGCCUUUGAAGAGCAGACUCUCAAGAGAGCUCGGUGCUUCGCAUACGGAGUUUAGUUUGCUAUUCUCUGCCUACAGCUUGAAUAGUACAUGGACUCCGUUGAUAGGAGGACUUUUGGCUAGCACAAUGGGCACGACUUUUACCAGCAUCCUUGCUACGGGAAUCAUCCUUGCAGGCCAGGUGCUCCUUCUCAUUGGUCAAGUCUGGGGCAAUAUACGUAUGAUGGCGUUUGGUCUUUUCAUCUUUGGUUUAGGCGUAAGCCCACUUGCUGUAGUGCAAGAGACCAUCAUUGUCCGCUUCUUCAAAUCUCAUGGAUUAGGCGUUUCCAUGGCUUUCGGACUCAUUGUGGGCAAAGGCGCAUCCUUUGUCUCCGCCCGGACAUCUUAUCCUCUAACAGAGCACUGGGGUUCCCAUGCUCCAUUCUACGUCGCUACCUUCCUUGCCGCGAUGUCCUUUUUCGUCAAUCUACUCUACAUCAUGUCGUCCAAAUGGUUCGUUGAUGGUGCUUGCGCGGAAUUGGAAGCAGCAGAUAUCUCAGAGGAAGCAAAGCUGAGGUCGCGUCAUAAUAUGAGUGAAGCUCAAGCGUUGGAAAAAGUGGCCAGGAAAAAAAUGGUCAAUUUAAGGGAUAUCACAAAACUGGGCGAUGUAUUUUGGGCUUAUGUUGGACUGAACGUACUUUGUGGAAUGAUUUGGUCCCCAUUCACGCAUCUCAGCUCUAACAUCAUUGAAAAACGGUAUCAAAUGGCGGAGAAAAACGCAGCCAACACUGCUUCCUAUCUCCUCGCUGGCAGUAUUUUUCUAUAUCCUGUGUGCGGAUUUCUGGUAGACCGCUACAAACACAGGCCGAUUAUCGUCCAAUUGAUGUUGGUCUCCUCUACGCUGACUUUGCUUGCGUUUUGCUGGUUAGUGCUUCCACCGGACUCCACCGGUACUCCGAUACCUGCCAUCGCCUCGUUCGCCAUCGGACAUGGGUUCUCCCCUUUGCUUCUUGUCGUUCUCGUUCCUAAAAUCGUUUCUCUUAAGUAUGUAUCCACUGCCCUUGGAGUUCACAAAAGUCUGGAGCAGACAGGCUCGACUAUAUUUCAAACUCUAGCAGGUUUAGCUCUAGACAACCACGUUAAAGAUCCAGCCAAAGGCGCACCCAUAGGAACCGAAUAUGCCAUUCAACGACUUUUGAACGUCUUCCUUGCACUUAAUGUUUUACAUAUGCUCACCAUCGUAGGCUUAGCACGCCUCCAACGCAAGAAAGACUCAGAAGAGGAGGCGGAAGUGGAAGCACGUAGGCGGCUUUCGGGGAGUGCAUCUGUCUCAGUUUCGCCUCAUCCGUCCGUAAUAAACCGCACGUCUGUUAACUUGGGAACCGGGAAUGAUGCAGGGGAAGAGCAACCCUUGUUACAAGCUACGAACGCAAACAGCCAUCUCUACGGCCAUCCUGCGCGAAAUCAUAGCCUUUCCUCCGGCGGGUCGAGGAUUAGACAGUCGAUGAGAAACGAGAAAAAACUGAUGCGGGAGAGAGUGAGAGGUGGGAUCUUUGCAGGAUGCAGCGCAGCACUGAUCUUGUUUGCUUGGAUAUUGUUUAUGGGGACUGCUUAUGCGAGGCUGGGGCUAGGCAAGAAGCACCUUUGA